GUGCAAGAGAGAGAGGAGAGAGAGAGAGAGUUUCUCCUACCUACGCCUCUCCCUCUCUCUCUCUCUCUCUCUCUCUCUCUCUCUGUAUACUAAAAGGAAACUCCUUUUUGGGGCAUUGGGCUCGAGGGGAAGGGUUCUGCUACCGCGGACUCUCUAGGAGCUUCUUUUUCGUCGUCGUCGUCGUCGUUGUUGUCUUCGUUUGGGUUUCCAUGGCGGUGGGGAGCGACUUCGACCAAUGGCGGAAAGAUCCCUUCUUCUCCGCGGCGGAGGAGGUCCAGGAAUCGGCCGAUACAAUGGAAUCUAUGUAUCGAAUGUGGAUGCGUAAUCGAAGAAUCGGGUUUAAUUCGGAAGCUUCAGAUGAACUGCGCAGGGAGCUUCGUACUGCUCUAGGCACUGCAAAAUGGCAGUUGGAGGAGUUCGAGAGCGCGGUCCAUUUAAGUCACGAAAAGUACUCAUCGGAGGAGAACGCAAUCACUAGGCAUAGGCAAUUUAUAGUUGCAAUUAAGAACCAAAUUCGCCACACAGAGAGCGAGUUGAAUGAUUCUUUUACCGAAGAAGGGAAGCAGCCGCUUUCUUGGGUUCAAUUAGACGAUGAAGAACGCGACGAUCUCGCGCUUUUUCUUUCUCCGAUCCCGCAAACAUCGCAAGAAGCAAAGGAUAUUACUAGCUAUCACAAAGAUGUAGCUGUAGAUAGUCGAGAUGCGAAAUCUUUGGAGCCUUCCAAAAGCGGAAAAAGUGAAAACGACGGUCUCUCACAAGUAGCGCGGUCGAAUGGUUCGUGGGAAAUUCAAAUUGACGAUGAGAAGAGAGUGGAUAGAAAAUCGGUCGAGAUGAGGCAGGAUAUGCCGAGUUGUUUGUUGAAUCGUUUUGGUAUUACAAGAAGUGUUGAAUUUGUAGCGAAAUUAAGGUGGUUUAGGAAUAGUUUUUGGAAGGCUAAGAGUGAGGAGCACCUUCAGUUGAGGCGGGGGUUGUCGACUUACCUCGAGUUCAAUGGAAUCACUCCGUUUGUGCAGCGGUUUAGCGGCUUAACUGAAAGAAGCAGAAGCUGUUUCAGUGGCUGGAAGGAAAAGUCUGUAGUUCCCAAUGUUCAGAAACUCUCCGGUAGGGUGGAUGGAGUCCGACAGCAUAUACGUGGCGCCAGAUACAACAUGCUGUUCGGCCGAUCUCUUAGGAUCACUUUCUUGCUUUUGUUGAGUAUCAUAUUAAUUGUGCCAUUCCUCUUCCACUCGACAUGACCGAGCCAGUCACGCGCAUGGCUACUGAGGAGGUUAUAUUUUGGAUGUACAAAAAGAGUCACAAAAACUAGCCCAAUGAUAGAGGAACUUCUCCCGAAACGGUCGAGAAAUUGUCGAUUCCAUAUAGGAAAACUCCGAAGAAUAGUUUUCAGCGGAGUGAAGCUCAAAGUGUUCCUAAUUGUAAUUUCCGCGACGAUUUAUAGUGUUUAUUUGAUUGCGAUAUUUAGGUGAAUCAACUUCACCAGCUGUAGCAACAGUGUAAUUGUAACAGAGUAUAUAUGUAUGUAUGUUGAUGAAAACAUGCCUAUUUUGAAGUUACUUUCUUAGUUAGCAUGGCUUCAACUAAAUGAGCUUCUGGAACUGGAACGUAAAAGUAGAAGCUUUAAAUUGAAA